GGAGCUCCUGUCACGGGGCGGUGCCGGGAGCAGCCCGGCACGCCCGCGACACACCCCGACAAAAUGGCGGCCCUCGCUGCCGCGCUAGCCACGUGAUGGCGGAGGCGGGAGCUCGGCCCUCCGGUGUGCCCGGGGGCUGGCAGCGGGGCUGUGCGGCUCUCCGCGCCGCCCGGGCUGGGCUGGGCUGGGCUGUCACGCAGGGACGUAGAGGAGCAUGUCGGCUUCCUGAGGCUCAAAUGCCUCCUGUCCCGGGACUCACCGACAAGCUGCUUUUCGCUGAGGGGCAGCUGGGGUGCGGCGGGAGCCCGCCGUCGGGAGAGCGGGCAGUAUGAGCGCCGGCAGCGCUAGCGGGCUGCCCGCGGGGGGACGGGCGCUCUGCCUCGCUCCACACGGAGCUACCGAGGAGGCAGCGGGGCAGCGGAGCGGGCGCUCCGCCGGCUCGCCCGGAGCGCGCUGAGGGAGCGAGAAGCAUGGGACUGCUAACGGCAGGGGACAGCCCGCUGUAUCUCCUCCUCUCCUCGCCCGGCGGCAAUGGCUCGCGGGGUGGCGGCAUGACGAGCCGAGCCCGCUUCCCGGGACGCAGCAACACGGCGAGCGGACCAGCCGGGGCUCCCUCCGCCGCCGCGCCGCCUCGCCCGAGCGCCCCGCUGGCUCACUGACGGGCAGCGCCUCGGCCGGGGGGCCGGCGGGCGGCAUGGUGUGGAGCGGCAACGGCAGCGCGGCGAACAGCGGCGGGCACGGCGAGGAGCAGGGCUACCGACACUUCGCCACCGCCGCCCAGGUCGUCAUCUUCGUGGGCGCUCUGCUGGGUAACAUCAUGGUGCUGUGGUCAACUUGCAGAACAUCGGUACUUAAGUCUGUAACAAACCGAUUCAUUAAGAAUUUGGCCUGCUCGGGGAUUUGUGCCAGCCUAGUUUGUGUGCCUUUUGACAUUGUUCUUAGUGCCAGUCCACACUGCUGCUGGUGGAUCUACACGAUGCUCUUCUGCAGAAUUGCCAAGUUCCUGCACAAAGUCUUCUGCUCAGUGACCGUCCUCAGUUUUCCAGCCAUUGCUCUUGACAGGUACUAUUCUGUUUUAUACCCUCUGGAAAGGAAAAUAUCUGAUGCAAAAUCCCGAGACCUGGUUAUCUACAUCUGGGCCCAUGCAAUAGUGGCCAGCAUUCCGGUAUUUGCUGUGACCAAUGUGUCUGAUAUUUAUGCCAUGUCCACCUGUUCCGAACCCUGGAGCUACUCCCUUGGCCACCUGAUCUACGUCAUCGUCUAUAACAUCACCACUGUGAUUGUACCAGUGGCUGUGGUAUUUCUCUUCAUGAUUCUUAUUCGCAGGGCACUGAGUGCCAGCCAGAAGAAAAAAGUCAUCAUAGCUGCCUUAAGGACCCCUCAGAAUACAAUUUCCAUCCCUUACGCCUCCCAGCGAGAAGCUGAGCUUCAUGCCAUGCUGCUUUCUAUGGUUAUGAUAUUUAUUUUCUGCAGUGUUCCCUACGUGACUCUGGUGGUUUACCGCACCAUACUCAAUAUUUCAGAUAUUUCAGUCUUCUUGCUCCUCACUGCCAUUUGGUUGCCCAAGGUCUCUUUGCUAGCCAAUCCUUUGUUGUUUUUAACCGUUAACAAAUCUGUACGGAAGUGCUUAGUGGGGACGAUAGUACAGCUGCACCAAAGGUAUAGCAGGAGAAACAUUGUCAGCUCGGGUGGUGUUGCAGAUGCUAAUCUGGAGCCCAAUGUCCGUUCAGGGAGCCAGCUUCUGGAGAUGUUUCACAUUGGGCAACAGCAAAUCUUCAAGCCAACAGAGGAUGAGGAGAAUGAAACUAAAUCCAUUGGCUCUGGUGACUUUCAGCAGAAAGAAAUACCUACCACCAGCUUAGAGGUAGAAGAGACUUUGGUUCACAAAUUUGCACCACAGAUGAUUGCAGACUCUGCAGCUCAGGUAGCGCCAGCUGUGCCCACUGAAGCUGAUAUGGUAAAUGACAAGUAUUCCAUGCAGUUUGGUUUUGGACCCUUUGAGCUGCCUCCACAGUGGCUCUCAGAAAACCGGAACAGUAAGAAGCGACUCCUGCCUCCUUUGGGGAAUACCCCUGAAGAGCUAAUCCAGACAAAGCAGCCUAAAUGUAAAGCAGAAAGAAAAAUCAGCAGAAACAAUAAAGUCAGUAUCUUUCCCAAGGUGGAUUCUUAGGAAGAGCAGGAGCUUUAAGUGACAGAUGAAGGUCACCUUCUGUUAAAUGUGUGAUCCCAUGGAUCUUUGUUGUGCUGAAAUUUGUUACAGGCUGAUUUUUUUUGUGCCAAAUACAAUUAAAACAAACAAAAGGGAAACACAGACACACAAGUGUUCUUUAUUAAUGUGUUUUCAUAAAAAUAAUACAUUGAAAGAUGGUGAUUCUUGAUUUUAUUUGUGAAAUACCUACAAUAAUACAUUCCUGAUUAGCUUUCAGAAAACAGACGUGGCUUUGGGAACACUUUUCUUAUGACUGAAGAAUGGAAAUGUGGUUGUUUGUAUUAAAAUGGACUGGCUAUCAAAGAAGCUUAAUAGGAAAGGAUUUAGGGAGUACAAGAGGAUGCAAAAUGGAUAUGACCUAACCUCGUGUAAACAGACAGAGCCAGCUUCUGCACAAUUCAUUAAUGAAAUAAGAUGGACUACUAAGUACAUCUAUUAUUGAGCCAAUUUCUCAAAUCAAUGUUCAAAUAAAACUUGCUGGACUCUU